ACACCAGUAUGGUCAGAUAACCUCUCAUUGGCUACGAUAACAUGCAGAAAAAGGUUACAAAUCUGAUUGGUUGAGGCUUACACCAUGUGUCAAACACUAGCCAAUCACGGACAUGAUAUUAGUGUUGUCAGUAAGUCAUCCUAGCUAACAUAGCUGCCUGAUCGCCGGAAGAUCAUAUUUUUUGAAUUUUGAACGAACGAUUCACACAUUAAUUUCCAAAAAUCGUAAAAUGACAGAGGACGGCAUGGAGAAGACAUACACCUGCACCGCUCCUGUGAAUAUAGCGGUAAUUAAAUAUUGGGGAAAGAGAGACGAGGACUUAAUUCUUCCUAUUAACUCAUCGUUGAGUGUAACACUUCAUCAAGAUCAGCUGAAAACAACCACAACAGUGGCCAUCGGCAAUUCUUUCCAAGAAGAUCGGAUUUGGCUCAAUGGGAAGGAGGAGGAUAUCAGCCAUCCAAGACUACAGUCCUGCCUGAGAGAAAUUCGACGUCUUGCCAGGAAAAGGCGUAAUGAUGCAGACCCUGGUGUGGAUUCAACUGGUUUGACUCACAAAGUUCACAUCUGUUCCAUCAACAAUUUCCCCACUGCUGCUGGACUUGCGUCCUCUGCAGCAGGGUUUGCUUGUUUGGUAUACACACUUGCCCAGGCGUUCGGUGUCGAGGGGGAAUUGUCUGUGGUGGCUCGCCAAGGAUCUGGCAGUGCAUGCAGAAGUAUGUAUGGCGGAUUUGUCCAGUGGCUUAUGGGACAUCAGAGUGACGGCAAGGAUAGUCUUGCCCAACAGGUGGAGCCAGAGACUCAUUGGCCUGAGCUGAGAAUACUUGUGCUUGUGGCUAGUGCAGAGCGAAAACACGUUGGCAGCACCUCUGGCAUGCAAACAAGUGUACAAACAAGCUGUCUCCUAAAGCAUCGGGCUGAGUCCGUUGUCCCAGGUCGAAUGGUUGAAAUGAUUAAGGCAGUGCACAGCAAAGAUUUUACAGAAUUUGCUGAACUCACUAUGAAGGACAGUAACCAGUUUCAUGCCACCUGCCUGGACACAUACCCUCCUAUAAUCUACCUCAAUAGAGUAUCCCAUCAAGUCAUCAACCUGGUUCAUCGAUACAACCAUCACUACGGGGAAACAAGGGUAGCCUACACGUUUGAUGCAGGACCCAAUGCUGUAAUAUUCACUUUAGAGCAGCACAUUCCUGACUUUAUUCAAGCAGUCCGACAUUUUUUUCCUCCAGAAACUAAUGGUGGCGAGUUUAUAAAAGGUCUUCCAGUUCCUCAUGCAGAUCUUUCUGAGGAGUUGAAAAUUGCUAUUGGUUUAGAGCCCAUGCCAAAAGGAAUUAGCUACAUUAUCAGCACUAAGCCUGGCCCAGGUCCUUGUGUUGUUAGGGAUCCCACACAGCAUCUGCUUGGACCUGAUGGACUACCGAAGAACACUGUUAGACAUCAUUCCCCAGAAACAGACACUGUAGCAAAACAUAAAAAUGGUUACUAAAUAUGUUGGUACGAAAUCUGUAUAUUUGAUUGUUGUCAGAUGACAAUUUUGAGGUUGAGUUUUCCUUUAGCAGUCACAUAAUUUAACAUUUCACAAUGGUUUUUUUAUCUCUGCUUUUAUAUACCUUUACAUCCUUAUUUUAAGUAAUGAUAAUUAAGAUCAUUUACUGAGAUCCUAGCUAAACAUUGUUUUGUACUGGAAAAAGAAGACUGCACAAAUGUGGUCCUCACACUUUAUUUUGUUUUGUGCUAGCAUCGUGUAUUAAAACUGUGAAAAGUUUAGCGGGUUUAAUUAAAGAGGCCCUGAAGUCAUAUUCACAUAUUUUAAAUUGAAUUUAAUCUAAUGCCUUUAUUGUCACCCUGGUUGAAGUGUUAUCAGUCGAGUUUUUUUUUAUUUUUUUAUUUCAAUUAUGUUUGGAAGAUGAAUCGUUAGGCAAACGGUAUGGUUUGAAAUUGGUCAUGGUGUGACAUCACAAUGUGCCUUACUAUUAGGGUUGCCACCUUUCAGAAAUAAGAAAAACGGGACGCCCCCCUCGCGCCCAAAGCUGUACAGGCAAAGAAAAAAAGGGACAUCCCCAAAACUCCUGAAAUGCGUAGAAAUGUAUCUAUUCAUUUAUAUUCCGUAUUAGUUCAAUACGGAACGCAACAUUUAAUUCCCAAUUUCGGAUCGUUCCUUAUUUUAAGGGACAGGUGGCAACCCUACUUACUAUGCACAUACCUGCUCUCUUUCACACCCUCUAACAUCAGGAGUACUGAACACUAAGAAAAGCCAUCCGGAGG